AUGCCAAAUCUACCAAGUAUUCUGAUCCCACCAGAAACACCAAGAGCUAAAGCUAAGGACUCUAACACAUCAAAUUUAGGAAGUGUGAAUCGAAAUAUCCUAACUCCUUCUUUCUCAUUUGGUUUGAACUUUCUGCCGUCAUUCAACUUUAACUCACCGUCAGUCCAAGCAAUAUCACCGGGAAACUUUUUACAUAUUUCCAACAGUUUUAAUAAGGCAAUUAAUAGAACACCUAUAACAUCGACUUCACUGGCAUUAGUGCCACCUUCAACUGGUAAAAAACACAACCGAUUUCUUGAGGCUUUAACAAGGUCUUCCCAACAAGAUGGUGACAACAAUAAAGAGGGAAGCAGUGUUUCAGACACAGAAAAUAACGACGAAAUUUGGUCUACAGUAAACACAUCUCAGGCACAGCAUAAUUCAACAAACCAAACUUCAAUGUACGAGGACGAAAAUGACCACGAAAAAGAUAACUCCUUUUUACCCCCAAACAAAUUAGUGCUUGAAAAAAUUGAAGAGAAUAACAAAUCGCCUAGCUUGGAUAAAGCUGCUGAUAUAUCACCGAAAACAGCCGGUGAUGAUUAUAUAGUUAAAAAGAGAAAGUUAUCUACAGACCAAAGUCUCACUGACUCGCCGAACAAUUCAGUUGCUUCGAAGAUAGACUCAACAAUGCAAUCGCCAAUAAACUAUCGGAAGCAAAGUGUUGCUUAUUCAACAAAAUCUAAUUCAAGCUCGAGUGCUAUUGCCGAUGAGAAGGUUUGGUGGCCGGAACUAGAUGACGUGCUAAUUAAAUCCUUGUAUAAAUACAAGAAAUUCAAAGAAGAUCAGGAUUCCUUCAAUGCAUCAUCAAUUCUUAAAAAGACAUCACAAAAUAAGAUUAUAUCAAGAAUGUUGUUGAAUAAAACUGGGAUUUUGAGAACUACCAAGCAAAUAUCGUCCCGUAUUUUUCGUUUAUCGAAAUCCGGAAAGUUGGUUAAAGAGACCAAAACCCCGCAAACUGGAAGUUUUGCAAACAACAACUUAGAUGAUAUAUUGCUGACUCCCUUGCGAAGCUUAGUGAAUGCACGGGGGUCAAUUGAUUCCUCAAAACUCAAUACGAUUAUUGACGAGGAGUUAGAUAUGUUGUUGGGCACAUCGCCAUUAAAUGAAGAAUUUGAUGAUACUCUGUACAAAUUGGAAAUAAGAGAUUUCCGAUUAAGUUUCAGAAGUGUUCAUGAUCAUCACAUUUUCACCAAUUUGGUGUCGAUUGACGUUAAUAAAUCAUUAUCUGUUCCAAUAGAGGAAGCCAUAAGAAUAAAACUUGAGCUGAAAAAAGUCCCUGCUUGGAUCAUCAAUCACGAUUUGAAUUUGAAUUGCCAUCACAUUGCAAGCUCUACACCUUGCUCGGCUGUUUCGGCUUCUCAUCAAUUCCAACAACUGCAUUUGAGUUUAACUGGUGGUAAUUUUGAAUCUCAUAUGACAAUAGAUGUUUCAUGUGGGGAGAAAUCUCACAAAAUUCUUAGCUGGAGGAGCCAUAUCGUUGUUUACAAGAAAGGAAAUAAACUUCUCGAAGUAGUUGAUGUUAUCAAUGGAUAUUUUAGUGAAUCUUCCAAAUCUUACACUUUGCAGAUCCCUUUUUUGAAGAAUUUUUUCCUUGGAUAUAUAACUUAUUUGGCAAAUGGUGCCGCCAUAACUCCAGAUGAAAAUUUGAAGAUAGUGCAAAUAAUUUAUAGUAAUCCUAAAAGUGGCACAAUGGAGUUUGAUUUGGGUGAAUCAACUAUACGGGCUUAUAUUAUCCAUGAGCUCAAUAUAGCAGGCACAUCAGGGAGCUCUAAAAUAAAUAUUAUCGACGUCCAUAGCAAAUACCAAUCUGCGUCAAAGCAAGACCACUGUGAUAUUGAUGAUAAUGAAACUGUGCUUGCUGAUUCGUCACCAUUGAAACUUUCACCGAAUUCUUCAAGACAGUGGGAUACACCAAGCAAGUCUCGUUUACGAAUUGAUACAAACAAGGCUAAUAUUGAUGGGGGAGCCAUUGCAGGUCCAAUGACUGCUCCUAUUUACAAUGCGGAACUUUUAAAUAAGAAAAUGCUUGAUGAACAAGAGAAAAUGAAGUCAAAUUUGCAGAAAGAGCAAUUAAGACCACCUUUGAUGCAUUCGCAAUCGGUGUGCAAUGUUAAUUUGAGUACGCAACGGAUUCAUUCAUCACCGGAAAUGGCAAAUAACUCAACAUUGGCUUUCUCAACACCAAUGACAAAUAGACUGGGGCCCGUCCAAAAUCAUCCACCAUCCGACAGUAACUUUACUCCAUAUCAAAUUGCCCAAAAACUGUUUAUUGCUAGAACACAACUGGAACUGCAUUUGCAACUGCAGGCUAACAUGCAAGAACAGCAGCAGCAUUUGCAACUGCACACUCAAAGUUUUCUUCAUCAGCAACUCGAAGGAAUGAUUAACCCUCAGAUUCAUUUCGUUCAAACUCAAAUGCCACAGCAAGCUUCAGCUGGAGCGGCCAUUGCUAUUUCUCCUCAAAUACAGAAUCAGUUGCCGCAACAAAUAAUCCAGCAUGUGCCUCUUCAAAACUUGGGUCAAAUGAGAAAUGUGCCGCAGCAGUCAUUCUCACUAGCAACUAACAAUAAUGUUAUUACUCCCGAUAAUAAUUUUAUGAGACAGCAAUGGCAACAGCAAAUGUACUUUCAACAAGUUGCCCAACAGCAAUUACACAAUAAUGGACACCAAACUGGUACGGUGUCCGGGAAUGGACAAUCAGGAAGACAUAAUCUGAAAAUGAUAAAGCAUCCAACCAAUUUAUCAUCCAGCCAACAGAAUGUACACAACAACAAAGAGAAUAUCAAACCAAGGCAAAUUACAUUCGGGCCAAUACUAGGUCAUGACCCUUCUCCGGAUUUGAAGACUAUACAGAAGCAGAACACUAAGAAUAACGGUAUUGUUCAAUGUUUUCCCGCCAACACGCAAAUCAUGUAUAAACCUAAAAAGUAG